GGGCGGGGCAGGGUGCAAGGCGAGCCCCAUGCGUUAAAGGCAAGGCGCCGGCGACCAGCGGGCCAGCUCGUGGUGCGCAGGCGCGAGCUUCCUCCACGGUACAACCGCUCCGAGGCUGGGCUGUGUGGUUGUGUAGCUGUGCAGCGGCGGCGACGGCGGCACAGGCACAUCUCGGACACCAUGAGCAGCUUCAGCAGCGAGGAGCGCGCAGCGCCCUUCACCCUGGAGUACCGCGUCUUCAUCAAAAAUGAGAAAGGGCAGUAUAUUUCUCCAUUUCAUGAUGUUCCAAUUUACGCAGACAAGAUGACAAAUGCCUUUAGUACUCUGAAGGACCAGCAGCAGGUGUGGCAGUCACAGGAAUCACUGGCUGAUGUGUUCCACAUGGUGGUUGAGGUUCCACGCUGGUCAAAUGCAAAAAUGGAGAUUGCUACAAAGGACCCUUUAAACCCGAUUAAGCAAGACGUGAAGAAGGGAAAGCUCCGCUAUGUGGCCAAUCUGUUCCCUUACAAAGGCUACAUCUGGAACUAUGGCGCCAUCCCCCAGACUUGGGAAGACCCAGGACACAGUGACGAGCACACUGGCUGCUGUGGUGACAACGACCCAAUUGACGUUUGUGAAAUUGGAAGCAAGGUAUGUGCCAGAGGUGAGAUAAUCAGGGUGAAGGUCCUGGGCAUACUGGCCAUGAUCGACGAGGGUGAGACCGACUGGAAGGUCAUUGCCAUUAAUGUGGACGAUCCAGACGCAGCCAAUUACCAUGAUAUUUCUGAUGUGGAACGGCUGAAACCCGGCUACUUAGAAGCUACCGUUGACUGGUUUAGAAGGUAUAAGGUUCCUGAUGGGAAACCAGAAAAUGAGUUUGCAUUCAACGCAGAAUUUAAAAAUAAGGAGUUUGCAGUUGACAUUAUUAAAAACACCCACGAUUAUUGGAAGGCAUUAGUGACUAAGAAGACAGAUGGGAAAGGGAUCAGUUGCAUGAACACCACAGUGUCUGAGAGCCCCUUCAAGUGUGAUCCUGAUGCAGCCAAAGCCAUUGUGGAUGCUUUACCACCACCAUGUGAGUCUGCCUGCGCACUACCAAUGGACGUGGAUAAAUGGUUCCAUCAUCAGAAAAACUGAUGCGAUUCCUUGGGAGUGCAGGCUGAUACGGCUGUAUCCUGUUCAUCUGGAAGCAUUAGACACAGAAGUGUAGUAACUUCUCCAUGCUCUGAAUUUCUAUGCUCACCUAAUGGGGUAGAUUCCGCUGUGACUGGUCCAAUAUGUUCAGAAGGUUAGCCAUCUAGACACCUCACAUCCCAACCAAGACAACUUUUACUAAAUGUUAGCUCUCAAAGCUGAGGGGACAUGGAAGUCAUUUGUGGAUAGAUGUGUAAGGUGGGCACCUAUUGGAUGUAUAUGUUUAUCAUGUUAGGAAAUAAAGUUAUUUUACUGAAA